AUAAGUAGCAGAUUUAUUUUGACAGGUGUGACCAUGUGAGACCUACACUGAUUGCCAAACCAUUCUCCCAACUAGAUUAUGACACAGAAAGCAGUGUAACUGUGGAGGGCUAGUGCUAACAGUAAAACUAUAAAGUUGAUGACAGUAGAUUAUAGCCUAUGAUAACAGGCUCGCCACUGGGUAUCAUCAUUUGACACAGACAAGGAGUUUAGUGCUUACUGUUGCACCCGUGAAGAUAAUCAUCUGAUUGAAAUACAAAUUUUAUACUUCAAAGGACUGCAGUGAGGCUUUUGUGUUGACCUUGAGAUCUGAAGUGCAGAAAUAUCCAAUUACUAAGAUAAGGAGACAAAUUGAAAACAGAAACAGAAGCGAAAGUCGAACAAGGAAUGUUGAGAGUUCUGGGUAAUCGAAGGGCACCUAUACAUACAGCUUUCAGGGUAAAAAUGAGGGAGGAGUUACUGUGACAUUGAGGAUGCCAGAGUUGUUGCAAGAUGUACAGAGUUGGUCAGCAGAUGCCGCGGGUUCUUAUCCUUCUCUUCAGCCUAUCCAUGAUGUCCAUGCUUUAUGUGGCCAAGUUUGGGCUCUACAUGGAUGGGCAGUUCCGGCAGGAGAGAAACAUUGAAUUCUCCAGCAAGCAGCCAAGCGAUUUAGAUGCCGAUAUUCACAGGAAAUACAAAACAGAGGUGCAGAAUCUGCAAGAAAAAAUCCGCAUGUUGGAACAUAUUUUAGAAACAACAGAUCGAAAAGCUCAAAAUCUUUCGAACCAGAUUUCACACCAAUCCUUAAUGAUUCGGUCCUUACAGGAAUUUAAGAACAGUUCAGAUUUGCAAAAGCCCACAUCUGACAGUGUUAAUACAAAUUAUUCAAAUUAUAUUCAUAGUAAAGUGAAAAAGGCGGAUAUUUUGCAUGGUGUGGCAUUAAAAUCAGAAUAUGAAAUAAUCCCAUUCACAAAAUUUACCCUUAGUAAAAUCUUUUUAGUUGAACCUGGAUUAGGUAAACGUGUUGUAGAGAAACCAAUUGGCUACAAAAGGAAAGAUAUAAAUGAUGUGGUGACAUAUGCAAUUAAUGAAAUGAAUAAAAAUAGAACAAAAAAUGCAAGAAAAUUUACUACAGAGGAUUUCAUAGAAGGAAUGUAUCGAACUGAACCAAUGACUGGAACACAGUAUGAACUAUUUUUUCGUGAAAUAGAUCAGCCUCCAAAAAAUGCAUAUAGGAAAUUGACAUUAAUGAGACCAUUCGGUCUUCUCCACAAUGUUGAUCAUGAUCAGAAAAAUACAUCUCAAAUAUGGAUAAAUCUUAUUUUACCUCUCUCAGGAAGAAUUGAAGCCUUUCGUCAGUUUAUGUCUCGAUUCAUAAAAGUUGUAAUUAAUCAAGACAAACGUGUGUAUUUAACAGUUGUUUAUUUCGGUCAAGAUGGUUUAGACACUGUUAAAGACAUAAUGACUACUACUGCAAAAGAACAUAAAUAUAAACACAUGAAACUUGUGACGUUAAAAGAAGAAUUUUCACGAGGGAGAGGUUUACAAGUGGGUGUAUUAAGUUGGAAGAGUGUAGAUGUUCUCCUAUUUCUAUGUGACGUCGAUAUAGUCUUUACAGUAGAUUUCUUAGAACGUUGCCGUGUCAACACAGAACCGCGUAAACGUAUAUAUUAUCCAAUUGUGUUCAGUUUAUAUAACCCAAAUGUUGUGUAUAGUCUUCAGGACAUGACUAUUCCAUCAGAGAGGGAACAACUAGUCAUAUCUAGAAACACUGGGUUUUGGCGAGACUUUGGGUAUGGCAUGACAUGCCAGUACAGGUCUGAUUUCAAAGCUGUUAAUGGUUUUGAUGAAUAUAUCUCAGGGUGGGGUGGUGAAGAUGUUUUCUUAUAUCAGAAAUAUGUUAGAACAGACUAUAUGGUGAUACGCGCUACAGAUCCAGGGCUUUUCCACUUGUGGCAUGAGAAAACGUGUGAUCCGAAAUUAAAUUCUGAACAAUAUCGGAGCUGUAUUCGAUCGAAGGCUUUAACGGAAGCUUCUCACGCUCAGCUUGGUCUGUUAGCUUUCAAAGACGAAGUGAACAUUCAUAAAAACCUCAGCAAAAAUCAAAUGGUUCCACCUAUAGGUUCUAUGGACGCUCCAGACAGAAUGAGAUCAGCAGACCAAUAUCCUCCAGAAGAUUAGGACCAAGUUACAGCAGUAGAAAUGUUCUUCUUUAUUAGCUCAUCUGAUUUUUUAAAAAAAAGUGAUGAGUUAUUGUCAUCACUUGAUCGGCAUUGGCGUCAACGUUGCCUGGUUAAGUUUUAUGUUUAGGUCAGCUUUUCUUGUAAACUAUCAAAACUAUUGCUUUCAAACUUGCAACACUUGUUCAUCAUCAUUAACUGACUCUGUACAGCAAGAAACAUAACUCCAUCCUGCUUUUUGCAAGAAUUAUGGGCCUUCUGGACUUAGAAAAUAUCAGAUUUCUUGGUUAAGUUUUAUGUUUAGGUCAACAUUUCUCCUAAACUAUUAAAGCUAUUGCUUUGAAACUUGCAACUCUUGUUCAUCAUCAAGACCAGAAUCUGUACAGCAAGAAACAUAACUCCAUCCUGCUUUUUGCAAGAAUUAUGGCCCCUUUUGGACUUAGAAAAUCAGAUUUCUUGGUUAAGUUUUGUGUUUAGGUCAGCUUUUCUCCUAAACUAUCAAAGCUAUUGCUUUACAGCUUGCAACACUUGUUCACCAUCAAAAGCUGACUCUGUACAGCAAGAAACAUAACUCCAUCCUGCUUUUUGCAAGAAUUAUGGCCCCUUUUGGACUUAAAAAAUAUCAGAUCUCUUGGUUAAGUUUUGCGUUUAGGUCAACUAUUUUCCUUUAUGGUCAAAGCUAUUGCUUUAAAACUUGGAGCAUUUAGUCACCAUUAAAAGCUGACACUGCACAGCAGGUACCCUAACUUCAUUGCUUUUUGCAAGAAUUAUGGCCCCUUUUGGACUUAGAAAAUAUCAGAUUUCUUGGUUAAGUUUUGCGUUUAGGUCAACUUUUCUCCUUUAUGGUCAAAGCUAUUGCUUUAAAACUUGGAGCAUUUAGUCGCCAUUAAAAGCUGACACUGCACAGCAAGUACCGUAACUCUGCAUUGCAUUUUGCAAGAAUUAUGGCCCCUUAUGGAUUUAGAAAAUCAUGGGUAGGUCAAUAUGUUCAUUUACAAUUUAACUUUUAUCGAAGAAAGUAGUGCCUUGCCAGUCAAAAUGCAUUGUUUUUGUUCCCACUUGUUUAAAUGCAUUCAAAUAUUGCAGGUUUCAUAGGUACAGCCUUUGUUGGAAAAGAAAGAAAGAGUUGUUUUUUAACUUUGGGAAUCUUAGCUUUGAAGUUAGGGGAAAAAAGCAUACUAUUUGCCAUUGGGAUAGGGGUCGAAUUUCGGCCUAAGAAACACUGAAAUAUGAAAAAUAAUUUAAACAAAUUGGCGAGAAAAAAUUGGUCACAAACUUGACUUUUUGUUUAUUGUUUUUUUGGAAAGGAAAAAAGUUCUUCUACAGGUAUAAUAUGAAUGUAAAAUGCAAAGAAAAUUAAAUUCAAACAGGAUUGUGGGAAAAAUGUGAAUUGUGAGAAGAAAAAUAAUAUUGUGUACUGAAUAACUUGCCUAUUGGUAACAGUAACUAAAAUAAUCUGUGUUAUUAGUUACAUUAAUUGUGUUUUAAUUAUUAACAGUGUUCAGAAGCACAGAUUUAGAACUGUGAUACAGUUCAUGUCAGAUCUUUUUUUUUUACUACUACAAAUGUAUUAACUUAUUUUCUUUUUUUCAUUUCCAGUUUCAUACUUGGUGCUUUCAUGAAACAAAAUUAAGUUCAGAAAAUGUAACAAUUAUAUUUUAAAUGAAACAAUGUGAUAGCAGUUAGGUUCAUGGAGCAUUAUUUUCUCAGCUGUGCUUUCUGUUAUUAUAAACAGGAGAUGUCUGAUUUGUUGGAAUUUAGAAAAAAAAUUCAGUGUUGUGAAAUGAUGUUAAUUACAGUUUCAUAGUUUUUGGUUAAAAAUGGCUAUUUCUCAGGGCUAUGAAUUCAUGGAUUUCUAACCCAGAAAACUAAAUGAAAAGGAAUUUUAUUUGUUAGAUUGGAUUUGAUUUUGUGGACCAAUGCAACUGCAAAAUCCAUGAAAAGUAGUACCCCAGACUUACAAUGAUUUCAUAGCAUUGAGGAUCUUCAAGAUGGUUUUAAUUUUCAUCAAAUUGUAUGAUUUUUUUUUUCAAACCAUUAGGUGAAAAGUAAUGAGAUAUGUCUGGAGGCAUGCCUUUUAACAGCAUGUUGAUUGCCUGUUGAGAAUAAUACAGGAGUUACAGUAAUAAGACGAUAAAGCUGCCACUGUUUCUAACACUUUUUGCCCUCAUGAAAUUUGCUCUGAAUGUUAUCAAAACCGGAUAUGUAGGGAGGGGGGAACAAGUCUAUAUUCAUUAACUUACUUUUUGAAUGCAGAUUCUGAUUUUGAUUUAUUUGGAAUAUCUGCAAUUGCUUUUGGCAGCAUUGUGUCUCUGCCAUUUUGUAUGCUAUUUAUGUUGUCUUAAAAUCAGUAUGUCAAAGAAAUGCUGAAAAGUGAUAGAAUACUGACAAUAUUAAAAUGUAUUUUACAUAUACAGAAAUAUUCAGGGAAAACACAAAGUGCCUUAAAUUAGUUUUUGUCUAGCUUUUAUUAUUUUAUAUUGAGCAUUUUCAUGUCCUUUUGAAAGAAGUUAAUGUAUAUAUUCUCUGUCAAAUAGAUACAGCAAACUAUAAAGUAUCAGUUGUAAAGAGACAUUUGUACCUCAAUAUGAUUUUUACCAAAUUUAUUUUGCUCUUGACUUCUGCAAAUUUGUUUAGCAUCAUCUGAAUAAGUAAUGUAACAACCUCUGCUGUAACACAUGGUGACACAUGUUUUUGUUUGAUGCUACAGAGUACAAAAUUACAAAAAACUUCUGUUAGUAUUGUGAUUAUUCGUUAUAUCUUUGAAUACGAAGUGCUCAAGAUGAGCUAAUGUGACCGGUCAUUUUCCGUUGUCAGUCAUCCGUCGUCCGUCAACAUUUGCCUUGUUAAAACUCUUGAGGUCGCAGUUGUGUCCCAAUCUUUAUGAAACUUGGUCAGAAUGUUUGUUUUGAUGAUCUCUAGGCCAGAUUUGAAACUGGGUCAUGUAGGGUCAAAAAUGAAGUCAUUAGGCCAGAUCAAAGGAACAUUUUGUUAACGCUGAGUCCACAAAUUAAGUUUGAAACUCGUGAGAAAUGGGCAGAAUGUUUGUCUUGAUGACCUCUAGGUCAAGAUCGAAUCUGGGUCAUGUGGGGCCAAAAACUAGGUCAAUAGGCCAGAUCAAAGGAAUAUCCUGUUAACACUCUAUAGAGUCAACAGUUUACGUUUGAAACUCUUGAGAAUUGGUCAGAAUGUUUGUUUUGAUGACUUCUAGGUCAAGUUUGAAUCUGGGUCAUGUGGGGUCAAAAACUAAUCCACCCAGUCAAAUCAAAGGAAAACUGUGCAGUAGGGGCUGCAUUUUUGACUGGAUAUUUAUCGUGAAAUUUGAUCAAAAUGAUCUUUUGAUGAAAUCUAGGUCAAAACCAAAUAUGGGACAUCUGGUGUCAAAAAGUAGGUCACAAGGUCAAAUUAAAGAAAAACCUUGUGUAUGCAAUAGGGGCUGCAUUUUUCAUUUGAUUUGCAUGAAACUUGGUCAGAAUGUUUAUUUCCAUCAAAUCUCAUAUGAGUUUUAAUCUGGGUCAGGUGAGGUCAAAAACUAAGUCACCAGGUCAAAUCAAAGACAAAGCUUGUCUACAUUCUAGGAGCCACAGUUUUUAUUCAAUCUUCAUAAAACUUGAUCAGAUUGUUUGUUGUUAUAAGGUCUUGGAUGAUUUUUAAUCUGGGUCACGUGGGGUCAAAAACUAGGUCAG